AUGAUGCAGAAACUCGUACGGCACUUGGUCGCCUCUCUCGCUAUUAUCGUUACUUUAGCUCAAGCAAAAACUGAGAAACAAGAAGUCUCUGCGUUGAAUGUGAUGUUCACGAGCUUAAACUCGCCGCCGAAACUCAAAGGCUGGAAAUCUAGCGGAGGUGAUCCUUGUGACGGUUCUUGGGAAGGCGUUAAAUGCAAAGGCUCUUCGGUCACCGAGCUACAGUUGUCAGGGUAUGAGCUAAGUGGCUCGCUAGGUUAUCUACUAAGCAACCUCAAAUCUCUCACAACUUUUGAUCUCAGCAAAAACAAUCUCAAAGGAAACAUACCUUACCAACUCCCACCCAACAUUGUUAACCUAGACUUUUCUGAGAACGAACUCGAUGGAAAUGUACCCUACUCGUUAUCUCAAAUGAAUAAACUCAAAAGCAUUAAUCUUGGACAGAACAAACUCGAUGGACAACUUUCAGAUAUGUUUCAGAAACUCUCCAAACUCGAAACUGUGGACUUCUCGUUAAAUAAACUCUCUGGGAAAUUACCUCCAAGUUUUGCUAAUCUCACAAGCCUCAAAAAAUUACAUUUGCAGGAGAAUCGAUUCACAGGAGACAUAAACGUUCUCAGGAACCUUCCCAUUGAUGACUUGAACAUAGAAGACAACCAGUUCGAAGGAUGGAUACCUAAUGAACUUAAAGAAAUAGACAGCUUACUGACCGGAGGAGGCAACGACUGGUCAACAGAAACUGCUCCGCCACCACCACCGGGUGUUAAGUACGGUCGAAAAUCAGGUGGAUCUAAAGAAGGAGGUAUGAGUGUCGGUACCGGACUGAUGAUAGCCGGAGCAAGCUUAGGAGUUCUUAUCUUAUUCGUGCUUUUGAUCGCUCUCUUCUCCAAGAAAAGAUCAUCUCCCAAUCCUCAUUUCAUAGACGAAGACGACAGCCAUCACACACCAAAUCUGAGGUCUAUGAGAUCUCAUGGAUCUUCACAAGAGCUUCGUAUCGAUUUUGGCAACGAUUACAAAGGUAGAAAAUCUAUAGAUUCGGAUGAUGAAAAUACGCAAGGAGUGGUUGGAUCAAAGGGACUAAAACAUUCAGUUUCAUCGCGUGUGAUGUCUUUCAACGAUACUGAGUUCGCGAACAAGCUCAACGCGAAACGAACCACUUCGACUCGUGCUGCUACAGAGUUCGAGCUCUCUGAUCUACAAACCGCAACAGCUAACUUUGCACCUGGAAAUCUACUCGGUGAAGGGUCAAUAGGACGAGUUUACAGAGCUAAAUACCCCGAUGGACGUACUUUGGCGGUUAAGAAGAUCGAUUCAAAACUGUUUGAUUCGGGUAAAUCAGAAGGGAUAGCGGCUAUAGUGAUGAGCGUUUCGAAGAUUCGGCAUCAGAACAUAGCAGAGCUCGUAGGUUACUGCUCAGAGCAAGGUCACAACAUGUUGGUCUACGAGUGCUUCAGGAACGGAUCGCUACACGAGUUCCUUCAUUUGUCAGAUUGUUUCAGUAAACCUUUGACUUGGAACACAAGAGUCAGAAUCGCCUUGGGAACCGCUCGAGCUGUUGAAUAUCUACACGAGGCAUGUUCACCGUCUGUGAUGCAUAAGAACAUAAAGUCUUCUAACAUUUUGCUAGACGCAGAUCUCAACCCUCGUCUCUCAGAUUACGGCCUCUCAAAAUUCUAUCUCAGAACGAGUCAAAACCUUGGAGAAGGAUACAAUGCACCAGAAGCCAAGAACCCUGAUGACUACACACCAAAGAGUGACGUCUACAGCUUCGGUGUCGUCAUGUUAGAGCUUCUCACCGGUCGAGUUCCAUUUGACGGAGAGAAGCCAAGGCCGGAGAGAUCGCUGGUUCGGUGGGCGACACCGCAGCUUCACGACAUAGAUGCGUUAGCGAAUAUAGCAGAUCCAGCUUUGCACGGACUUUACCCACCAAAGUCACUGUCAAGAUUCGCUGACAUUAUCGCAUUAUGUGUACAAGUUGAACCAGAGUUCCGACCACCGAUGUCCGAAGUUGUGCAGGCGCUUGUAAGGAUGGUUCAACGGUCAAGUAUGAAACUUAAAGAUGAUCUUAGAGCACACGACGAGUAUGAUUUCUAG